AUGAGUGUUGAAGAAUUAUCAAUUGGUAAUGAAUUAAAAGAUUCUUAUAAAAUAACUAAUCAAUGGAUUAGUAACAAUAAUAAUUGGUUAUCUGAUAUUGAUGAAUUUUAUAGAGAAAGGUCAAAUUUAGAAAAAGAAUAUGCUACUAAAUUAAAAGAAUUGACAAGGAAAUAUUUUGAAAAGAAAUCAAAAAUAUCAAGCAAUUUAUCAGUCGGUGAUGAACCACAAAUAACUCCAGGAUCAUUAGAAAAUGCAAGUUUAGUUAUGUGGAACGAGUUGUUAACUCAAACUGAAUUAAUUAGUGAAGAAAAAUUAUCAUUAUCAAAAGAGUUUCAACUGAAAAUUUCAUCAAAUAUAAUAUCAUUAAAGAGUAAAAAUGAAAAGAUUCAAAGACAAAUUAUAAAUAUUAAUGAGUAUUUAAAUUCUGAAAAAUCAAAAACUGAAGAUGAAGUAAAUAAAGCUAAAAAACAAUAUGAUUUACUAUGUCAACAUACUGAAUCUGCUAGAGAAAAGAAUGAAAAAUCACCACUGGACAAACAUGCAAGAAAAUUGACUGAAAAAGAGGUUGAGAUGAAUAUUGGUAAAAAUGAUUACUUGAUAAAGAUUAAUAUUGCAAAUAGAUUAAAAGAUAAAUAUUAUUAUCAAGAUUGUCCUGAAAUUUUAGAUUAUUUACAAGAAUUGAAUGAAUCGAGAACAUUAUUACUCAACAAAAUUUUGAAGAAUGCUUCAAUUAUAGAGAGAAACUCAUUAGACAAAGUUAAAGAAAAAUUAUUUGGUAUUGAUAAAGUUAUUGAUCAAAAUGAUCCAAAAUUAGAUAGUGCAAUGUUUGUUAAACAUAAUUUACAAGAUUGGAAAGAACCACAAGAUUUCUACUUUAUUCCUAGUUCUAUAUGGCAUGAUGAUGAAACUUUAAUUAUUAAAGAACCUGAAUUAACUGAUUUGAAAAAAAGAUUAGCUAUAGCUUCUUCGAAUUAUAGUAAUUUGGAAAAUGAUGUAAUUGAAACAAAACAGAAAUUGGAAGAAAGUGUGCAGAAAAGGCAUGAUGCUUUAAGUAAUAUUACAUUAUCAUUUGAUUCUAAUCUACAAUCAUCAUUAUUAAUAUUAGAACGAUUCUUUAAAGAAGAAUCCAAACGAGUUAAAAAUGAAGUUGAAAUUGAGAUUAUUCAGAAUUAUGCCGGUGAUCAAGAUUUAAGUUAUUCAGGUCCUACAACUACCAAAAAAUCAAGGUUUGGAUUUUUAAAAUCUAAAAAGAAAGGUGAAUCCGUGGUACUGAAUAAUGGUAUAACUAGAGUUAAAACAAAUAAUUCUAUAGGAAGUGGAGUAUUCAAUCUUAGAAAAUUGAAAAGUGCUACUUCUUCACAUCUAUCACCACAUUCUACAACUAUUCAAGGAAAAGCAUUAUAUGCUUAUCAAGCACAAGGUUCAGAUGAAACUUCAAUUUCACCUGGAGAACAGUUUCAAGUUAUUGAAGAAGAUGAUGGGUCUGGUUGGACAAUGAUUAAUUCCUCACAAGGUCAAGGUUUAGUACCCACAUCAUAUCUUGAAAUUGUAUCACGACCAAUGGAAGAAAAUAAUAAUAGUACACCCAAAAAGAAAGGACCGGCUGUUGCACCAAGACGAGGAGCUAGAAAAAUACAAUAUUUGGAAGCUUUAUAUGAUUAUAUAGCCGAUGGUGAUGAUGAAUUAAGUAUACAUCAAGGAGAUAAAAUAAUAUUAAUUCAAGAUGAUACAGAAGGAAGUGGGUGGACAGAAGGUGAAUUAAAUGGAAUAAAAGGAAUGUUUCCAUCGAGUUACGUAAAGAAAAUAUAA